AAUCUCUCUCUCUCUCUCUCUCUCUCUCUCUCUCUCUCAACCAUGGGCACCACAACCUCCUUAACACACAUCAUCCUUCCUCUUCUAAUUCUCACAUUUUCUCUCUCAGUCAGCGCCCGCCCGGCUACAUUUCUUCAAGAUUUCCGCAUCACAUGGUCUGAUUCCCAUAUCAAACAAAUCGAAGGUGGGCGGGCCAUCCAACUCAUCCUAGACCAAUCUUCAGGAUGCGGGUUUGCUUCGAAGAGCCAGUACUUGUUCGGGCGCGUUAGCAUGAAGAUCAAGCUCAUCCCCGGCGACUCUGCGGGAACCGUGACAGCCUUUUAUAUGAAUUCAGACACCGAUAAUGUCCGCGACGAAUUGGAUUUUGAGUUCUUGGGCAAUAGGACCGGGCAGCCAUAUACGGUCCAGACCAACGUCUAUGCCCAUGGAAAGGGCGAUAGAGAGCAGCGGAUCAACCUGUGGUUUGACCCCGCCGCGGAUUUCCACACUUAUUCUAUCCUUUGGAAUCACCACCAUGUAGUCUUCUCCAUUGACGACGUGCCAAUUAGGGUUUACAAGAACAACGAAGCAAGGGGAAUCCCAUUUCCCAAGUUCCAACCGAUGGGUGUCUACUCUACACUAUGGGAGGCCGAUGACUGGGCGACGAGGGGUGGGCUAGAGAAGAUUGAUUGGAGCAAGGCGCCAUUUUACGCCUACUACAAGGACUUCGACAUCGAAGGGUGCGCAAUGCCCGGGCCUGCGAGCUGUGCCACCAACCCUAGAAACUGGUGGGAAGGCACCGCUUACCAGCAACUCAACGUGCUCCAGGCUCGAAGAUACAGGUGGGUCCGAUUGAAUCACAUGGUCUAUGACUACUGCACCGACAAGUCGAGAUAUCCAGUCACCCCACCGGAAUGCAUGGCCGGAAUAUAAUAUUUGAAUCUUAUAAAUCAUGGUUAUUUUCCUGUAAAUGUAGAAAAUAGAGGCCCAUGCAUAUGCAUGUAUGAAGGGGUGGAGUGGGAAUAAUGGCCUGUCUUACCGACGCCUAGCUUGUUAUAUUGUUUUUAUAUCUUCACAUGUAUUCGCUGGGAGUUAAUGUGUGCAAUAAAGUCGUUGCAUGAUCAUGAAAA